AUGUCAAACUUGGAAGGUCCCAGCCAUUCUCUCACGCGACCAGGACGGGAUAUUCGAUUGCGUUGGAAGGAAGAUAUGAUUCCCCAAGAAAGUCUCUUACACCAGCCUAUUACUUACGUCGGGCCAUCUGGUGACCUGGAUCCCAUGCUUCUUGCUCAUCGUUCCUAUAAGGACCGGAUUUCGUCAGUCUCGAAGUACACCAAAGCAACUUACUAUCGCAUGCGGCCGCUGCAACAAAACGGCGGGAGCCUGCUCCCCCCUGCGGUCUUCACAUUGAUUGAAGAUAUCCCUGGUCGUCAAACCGACUUGUCCGAAUCGUCCGAGCAGCUUCGCGACGAGCUGAGAUCACGUUUUGAAGAGAAGAUCGAUAGUAUUACAGCAUCAGGCCUGCUUGCGCUGUAUCUCCGAUACGUGCAUCCAGUUUUCCCAAUCAUCAGUCGGCACCAGCUACCAGCGGAAGAAGAUUGUGUGUUAGAUAUACCGCUAGGACUUUUGGCGGCUAUUUGUGCGACGGCUCUUCCUUUUGUUCUAUAUGAUGAUGCUCUUUGUGUUGAGUCUUUCCGUUUACCCACCCAAGACGAGCUAUUCGAACUAUCUUGGAAUGCGUUGGUAGAAGAGAGUAGUAGUCCAUCUAUUCCCACUCUUCAGGGCUACUUGCUUCAGUUACACCGUCACUACGACGCCAAGGUUCAGUCUUGCGAUGCUCUAAAGUGGUCGUUGUGUUGUCAAACGAUCUCUAUGGCUCAGGUCCUUGGUCUGAAUGAAGACCCCUCCUUUUGGAUCACUCUCCCAGGGUGGGAGAGGCACCUACGAAAGCGCCUGUGGUGGGCUUGCUGGGUGACAGAAAAGUGGAUUGCGUUUGGUCAGGGCAUGCCGAGCCAUGUACAUCAACGUGACUUCACUGUAGACCCUUUGACCCAACAAGAUCUCGUUGAUUACGAGUCCAAGGAUUGGGAGCCAACUUCUUAUUUUGUGCAUCUAGUAAGGCUGACUGGCAUAUUAGAUGAUAUAAUGGAAAGUUUCUUCACAAUUCGUGCCACUGCAAGGAUGAUGGAGAAUGUCCAAGAGUCAUUGCAGGCCGCAAGGGUGUUUAGACAGCGGUUGAAAGAGUGGCAUCAAAAUCUCCCGCCGGAACUUAAUGAUGAUUCAGUCAAGGAGGGAAGGUCGAACGGAAUUUUAGACCGGUCACCAAAUGAAUUGAAUGGAAAUGCGUCCUUACGGAUUGCUUUUUUUGCGACACAAUUAGCAAUAUUUCGCGCUCUCAUUCGCCCAGUAUCGAUGUAUUUCCUGUACGGUAAAAGGCAUCCUGGUACUUUUCCGGAACAUGCGGCAGCUUCUAUCACAAAGGAGUUUAUAUCAGCUACGAUGCAAGGAGCUGUUUCCCGGUUAAGAGAUUUCAUCGGCUUCGUGGAGAGAUUGACUACCGCGGAUUGGGAUGCCUUCUGGCCAGGCUGGUCCAGACAUAACUUUGCAUUAGCGUCUACACUACUCAUGCAUUGCCAUCUCCUCGCAUCUUCUCCCGAACUUGGUUGGAUUCCAUUAAAUCCAUCAGAAAUUCACUCCGUAUCGUCGCCGGAGGAUAUAACGUUGAACAACUCGGUCUUAGAAAUGGACGGAACCAAUGUUCCUACAAUGACCCCAUCUACACAAUCUGAAGUCGGUAUCCUUGGACGAAAAUGGCGUUGGAUCUUGCGCCUCGUAGCGCGAGGUGCUGCGGGUAAAAAGAAUCUAACGGAUAUUAGCCUACACCGUAUCGAUGCACUCUUCACCGAGUGGAGCCAGGCUCAGAUAAGCCAGUAA